UGUGUGAACUAGUUGUUAGCGUUAGCCGCGGCUAGCAACACAGUGAGCGAGCUUGUUGAAACAUUUCCACAAAGGUUCUGGUUCUGCUUUUGGUUCCGGUUCCACCAAGAGACACAAGAAUCCGUCCCUCCGUGUCCACGUGUGUGGCACUGAACCAGCAGGACGAUGUUGGACUGUGAGGCAGCAGAGAUCAGCUAGCCAGCUACACAGUCCACUAAGCUGCUGCAGCCCAGCAACCCGGUUCCGUGGCUCCGUGGUUCCGUGGGCUCGCCGGGUCCGCCGGGUCCACUGGGUCCACCGGCAUCCCGGGCACGGCAGCUCCGGGGUUCGGAGGGCUGGAUGCGGAAGGAGGACGUGCUAACAGCGAGACACUACAGGACCACAGCUCGGUGUGAUUAAACCCUGUCAACCCGACCGAACCAGACCCAACCUGGGCUGGGAGUACCGGCCAGCCGGGUCUCGGGGUGGGAUGUGUGCGGCCCAGCUUUAGCCGAUGAAUGUUUUUCCAGGCAUUCAGUGGGAUUCCAAUGUGCCAAAAAGUCACACACCUGAUUACUCAACAAGGAUUAGAUCAGAGUGUAGCAGCGUUUCUGCAAGACGGGUGGAUGUACUGGUACAAGAAUAUGCAAGGACUCUCAACUGAAAUACAUAUUUCUCCUCAACAAAGAACUGCUGUCCUUAAUGAAACAAUCUUGGUCACCAUGCCAUCCCCGAUGGAAGUGCCAUUGUAGACACAUGAUACUGUGGCUCAGACUGCUGCACAGUUCUUUGAGCUGCAGCCUCGAAGAAAGCGUUCAAGCUUUUGGUUGAAUCUUUCGGUGGAGAUGGGCUCCCAAGCUCUUCAGAUAUUGCGGCAAGGCGUGUGGGCUUCACUCACCGGAGGCUGGUAUGUGGACCCCCAUCAGAGCACGUUCUCCAACUGCUUCCACCUCUACCUGUGGAUAUUCCUCCUGGCCUUUCCUUUCCUUCUGUACAUGGCUCUUCCUCCUAGCUUGGUGGUGGCAGGUGUGUACUCUGCUGUGGUGGCGAUCUUCUUCACCGCUAUUAAGAUAGUGAACUAUCGGCUCCAUGCCAUGUUCGACCUUGGUGAGAUCGUAGAGAAGAGGCAGGCCUCACUCACAGCUGAUGCCCAGAGGGCAGGAGAAGGAGAUGAAGGCUCAGGAGGUCAUGAUGGGAAUCACAUGGAUAGUCAUGUUGGUGUCGAGAUGACUGUGUUUCGGAAGGUUAACUCGACACCCCCGGUGCGUUGUAGUUCCCAGCACUCUCUGUAUGGAUUGAACCAAGUUUCGGAGUUCUUGCCACAGUUGGAGGAUGCAGGGGGAUCUAAGGAAAUCAAAGAACUAAUGGAGGAACAAGGAAGCAAUAAUGCAAUUGUGACAUCUGAUCAUAGGAUUCUAUGUCAGAGUUCCCAGGACACCAUAAGGGCUCCCAGUGUCACCCAGUCUGCCAUUGCUGCUGCUCUGGGAGGAGAUUUCCCAGCUCUCGUGGGAGUAUGUGGACUGUCAGCUGGACUUGAAGAACCUGGAGAUUGCUUGUCCAUCCCUCCUUCCCCCUCGAGUCAAGAAGAUGGAGAAGAGAAAGAACAGCGCGAGGAGUUACCAGAACAAUUGUCUCAACCCAGUCCGGAAGACAAUGUGCUCGGAGCCUACUCUCCACUUGGCCCUUCUGCUGAAUCGGAGAGCCUGGGAGACACCCCCCUUAGCCCUCUUAUAAAGAGCAGCUUAAGUGAGGAGCUGAGUGAGAAUCUGCUGGGUUUAGGCCUGGACCCGGUAGCGUUUGCACCAGGGACUGAACACCCGGGCAGCCGUAGUGGAGUAGCCCUCGCUGCCGGAUCCACAGACAGCUGCUUCAGUGCGGGCGGCGCCACCACCGACCGCGAGACCUUGAGCACUGUAAGCAGCUACCGCAGUGAAAAGACUGACUCCACUCAGCUGGAGAGCCCGUCGUUCAGCCAGCCGCGGCCUGGAGGUGGAGAGGCCUCGGCGUCGGCGCCAGCGAUAGGUUCUAACAUUAUCAACAUGACGGACGAUACCAUAGGACACGGUGGCAGUGAUACUGACAAUCUGUCGGACAGUGUACUGCUACGCUCCCCUUCCAAAGAGUUCUCCAUCAGCCAGGGGCUUGACCGGACGCUUGUCGAAGGAGAGGAUUUACCCCCUGUACUUUCUGAUAUUGCACAGCCGCCUCCUCUCCAGAACUCCUCCCCUUCGAGCAGUGGCCGCUCGGAUGUCUGUGAUCUGGACAGAAAUGUCCCGGUUCCUCCUCUGCCCCCACCUCGGCAGGCCAAUUCAGUGCCUUCAGGGCUGGCCCUGGGUCUCGUGUGCUCUGAGCCGGCGCUGCCCAUAUCCUCCACCCCGUUCCUGCUGUCCGACCAGCCGGCCCUCCAGGCCCAGCAGGUCGUGCGCCCUAAAGACUUGAAGCUGCUGCGGGCCAGCGGCAGUAGCGCCGGCCACAGGCCGGGCCGCAGGAAAGCCCCGAGGCGACGGGCCGGACCCGGCAGCAGCAGUUUCGACUGUGGCUCUUACAGGCGUCACCACAAUCACAGACAACACAGAGAUUAUAUCCCCGUGCGGAACCGGUUGGGCGCCAAAGCUUACAGCGAGAGUUUGUUCGAGGACUCCAGCGACGAGGACGACGGCAGCGACGUCAGUGCUGGCUCGAGCCUCGGCUCUCAGCGCCGAUACAGCUCAGAUGACGACGAGGAUGAUGAUGACUCUAGUUCCUCUACCUCCUGCUACUCUCCGGACCUCGCCACCACCGGCAUCGCCUCCCCUCUCACCGCUGCUGCUCAACUGCCCUCGUCCAGGGAGGGGGAUUUACCUGACGCUGCCGGUCCCUCUCACCCUCGUGCUGCUCAGCGCUCCUCCAGCACGGCCAGCGCUAAGACUCACGCACGAGUGCUCAGUAUGGACGGGGCGGGUGGAGGCCAGAGCAGCGCAGCUGCUGCGCCCUCUACCCUGCUUGCAAUGCCCUCCACCUCCACCCCUGCACCGCGCACUCUCACCAUCUCCAAGUCGGAUUUGGAGGCCCGCACUAUACACACCGACGGCUUCUCGGGAACUUACCAUCGGCUGGAUUCUCUGGGAGGGUCUUGGACCGGCAACCAGAUGGGCUGGAAGGCGGGGGAGCUGGUGGAAGAGGGGGCGGUUGGAGGAGACUUGGCUCCAGAGGACGGGAAACACGAAUCGGUCAGCAGUGUUAAGAGGACCCAGGCUAUCCGCCGGAGACACAACGCUGGGAGCAACCCGACACCGCCCCCAUCCACCAUGGGAUCCCCUCCCAGCCUUCAAGACCUUCAGAGGGCCAGGACUUCGUCUCACUCACGCACCCGCACACUCCCCUCUGCCUUACAGUUUGCCUCCUCGCUCCUGCUUCCCCGCAGCGGCAUCCACGAAGCCUCCACUUUCGAUGACACGUCAGAGGGGGCAGUGCACUAUUUCUACGAUGAGAGCGGAGUAAAGCGGUCUUACACCUUCGGACCUGCCGGAGGAGGUUACGAAGACCCAGUUCAGGAAAGAGAGAGGCAGUCCCAGUCUUCGAGCUUCACCUCCACAGAGGUGCAGGAGGGCGGCCAGGUCCUGUCCAUGCUGCAGCCCCGGCCGGUUGUCCUGCAGGGCAUGCAGGUGCGGCGGGUGCCUCUGGAAAUGCCUGAGUUUGAUAUUGACCACGAAUCCCUCCAAGAGUCCCAUGAAAACACUCUGAUGAUUGAGGAAAAGGCCAAGCCCAAGCAGUACUAUCGCUUUUGGGUGCUACCUGGGAAGUGGCUGCGGGUCCGAUACGAUCGGCUGGCUCUUUUGGCCUUAUUGGACAGGAACCGCCGCGUUGGGGAGAACGUGUUUGCUGUGGUUCUGGCCGGCCUGGUGGCUUUCUUGGGCUUCUUGCUGCUGCUCAAGGACUUCUUCAGGGAUAUCUGGGUCUUCCAGUUCUGCCUGGUCAUUGCUAGUUGCCAGUAUUCCCUACUGAAGAGUGUUCAGCCAGAUGCAGCUUCCCCCAUGCACGGCCAUAACUGGAUCAUCGUCUACAGCCGGCCAGUUUACUUCUGCCUGUGCUGCGUGAUGAUCUGGAUCUUUGACCUGUGUGGGACGUCUGAAAGCCUGCAGCCCUUCUCCGUCUACGGCGUCACCUUCUUCUCCGCACAGUUCCUGCUGUGUGUCAGAGAUCUGCUGAUUGUCUUUGCCUUGUGUUUCCCGGUCAUUUUCCUGUUUGGGUUGCUACCUCAAGUUAAUACUUUCGUGAUGUGUCUGCUGGAGCAGAUCGACAUGCACGUUUUUGGUGGGACAGCCACGACCAGCCCCCUCUCGUCUCUGUACAGCCUCAUACGCAGCGUGUUGGUGGCUGCGCUGCUCUAUGGGUUUUGUCUUGGUGCUAUUAACGCACCGUGGGGAGAUGCCCAUGUGCCAGUGCUGUUCUCCGUGUUCUGUGGCCUCCUCUUGGCCUUAUCGUAUCACCUGAGCCGCCAAAGCAGCGACCCUACCAUCCUGUGGUCACUGGUUCGGUCCAAAUUAUUCCCCGAGUUGGAGAACAGAACCCCAGAAGACCCUCCCGUGGAGAUCAAGGAUCCCCUCCCCGAGAAGCUGCGUAACUCUGUGCGGGAGAUCCUCCAUUCAGACCUCGUCAUGUGUCCCCUCAUGGCCGUGAUCACCUUCGCCAUCAGCGCCAGCACCGUCUUCAUUGCUCUUCAACCUGCUCUCAGCUUUGUCUUGUACAUCCUGGCCGGAGCCGUGGGCUUCAUUACACACUAUCUCCUGCCUCAGCUCCGCAAACAGCUGCCGUGGUUCUGCCUGGCUCAUCCCGUGCUGCGCUCCAAAGAGUACAGCCAGUUCGAGGUUCGAGAUGCCGCCCAGCUGAUGUGGUUCGAGAAGCUGUACGCGUGGCUCCAGUGCGUGGAGAAGUAUUUCAUCUACCCUGCCGUGGUGCUGAACUCCCUAACAACGGAGGCGCGAGCAGUCGGCCAGCAUCACAAACAAAUGGACAUCUACAGCCGAGCUCUCUUCAUCUCCGUAGCCGGCAUGAAGCUGCUGCGUUCGUCCUUCUGCACGCCGUCGCAGCAGUACGUCACGCUGUGCUUCACCACGCUCUUCUUUCACUUCGACUACCCGCACUUCUCCGAGACCUUCCUCAUCGACUACUACUUCAUGUCCAUUCUCUUCAGCAAGACGUGGGACCUGCUCUACAAGCUGCGCUUCGUGCUGACGUACAUCGCCCCCUGGCAGAUCACGUGGGGCUCCGCCUUUCAUGCGUUUGCUCAACCCUUCGCCGUGCCGCACUCUGCUGUGCUUUUUGUCCAGGCCAUCUUUUCUGCCAUCUUCUCCACCCCUCUGAAUCCCGUUCUAGGCAGCGCCGUGUUUGUCACCUCGUACACCCGACCUGUGAAGUUCUGGGAGAGAGACUACAACACCAAGCGGGUCGAUCAUUCAAACACCAGACUCGCCACUCAGCUGGACCGAAACCCAGGUGCUGAUGACAACAAUCUGAACUCCAUUUUCUACGAGCACCUGACGCGCUCCCUGCAGCACAGCUUGUGCGGAGACCUGCUGCUCGGUCGCUGGGGGAACUACAGCACGGGCGAUUGCUUCAUCCUCGCCUCGGACUACCUCAACGCUCUGGUGCACAUCAUCGAGAUUGGCAACGGCCUGGUCACCUUCCAGCUGAGGGGCCUGGAGUUCAGAGGUACGUACUGCCAGCAGCGGGAGGUGGAGGCCAUCACCGAGGGGGUGGAGGAGGACGAGGGCUGCUGCUGCUGUGAACCCGGUCACCUGCCCCACAUGUUGUCGUUCAACGCCGCCUUCGGCCAGCGCUGGCUGGCGUGGGAGGUGGCCGCCACCAAGUACGUGCUGGAGGGCUACAGCAUCAGCGACAACAACGCCGCCUCCAUGCUGCAGGUGUUCGACCUGCGGAAGAUCCUCAUCACCUACUACGUCAAGAGCAUCAUCUACUACGUGAGCCGAUCUGCCAAACUGGAGGAGUGGCUGGGUAACGAGGCCGUUCAGGAGGCGCUGCGGCCGUGUCUCGGGCCCAACUACGUCGACAGCGACCCCACCUUCAACCUGAACAUCGACGAGGACUACGACCACCGAGCCUCCGGCAUCACUCCUUCCUCCUUCUGCAUGAUUUACCUGGACUGGAUUCAGUACUGCAACAGCCGGCGGCAGGCGCCGGUGACUUGUGAAAGGGACUCGCCACUCGUCAACCUCUGCUUUGGGCUGUGUAUCCUGGGACGCAGAGCUCUGGGCACGGCCUCCCACAGCAUGUCUGCCAGCUUGGAGCCGUUUCUCUACGGCCUUCACGCCCUCUUCAAGGGAGACUUCCGCAUCACGUCUCCCCGGGACGAGUGGGUGUUUGCAGACAUGGAUCUGCUGAACCGGGUCGUGGCUCCGGGAGUGCGGAUGUCCCUCAAACUGCAUCAGGACCACUUCACGUCCCCGGACGAGUACGAGGACCCCAUGGUCCUGUACGACGCCAUCACUGCCAACGAGGAGAAGAUGCUGAUAUCGCACGAAGGCGACCCCGUGUGGCGCAGCGCCAUCCUGGCCAACAUGCCCUCGCUGCUGGCGCUGCGCCACAUCAUGGACGACGGCAGCGACGAGUACAAGAUCAUCAUGCUCAACAAGAGGUUCCUCAGCUUCCGAGUCAUCAAGGUGAACCGGGAGUGCGUGCGCGGCCUGUGGGCGGGGCAGCAGCAGGAGCUGGUUUUCCUGCGCAACCGAAACCCCGAGCGAGGAAGCAUCCAGAACGCCAAGCAGGCCCUGAGGAACAUGAUCAACUCGUCCUGCGACCAGCCCAUCGGCUACCCCAUCUACGUGUCCCCCCUCACCACCUCCUACGCCGGGGGGCACGGCCAGCUCCGGUCCGUGUGGGGGGGGCCGGUGAGCCCGCACAACAUCUACACCUGGUUCAUCAGCAGCUGGGACAGGUUGCAAAAGGGCUGCGGCGCCGGCUGCAACAGCGGAGGAAACAUCGAGGACUCGGACUGCGGCGGCGGAUCCACGUCCAUCUCAACCAACCCAGCGGUCCACACCACCCAGAGUACGCCGGCCUCCAGCCUCCCCCCCACACACAUCACCACGCUCCAGCCCUCCAUGGGCACAGAUAACCCGGUGGGGCCGACCCAGAGCUGGCCGCACCACCCCCAGCCGCUGCCGCUGGCGCUGCUCAGCCAGUCCGAGGGCCGGAUGGAGGCGGGCCUGCUCACGUCUCUGCAGCGCACGUCUUCCAUCCAGGGGCUCCUGGGCCAGCAGCUGUCCAGCUCACAGCUGUCCUUCAGCGGCUCCGUGGCCCCCCCCGGGGGCCCGGACCGCUUCUGCCCGGCCACCCUGCUGGAGAACUCGGGGCACCGGGCGGGCCAGCGGGCUGGCCUGGGCCAGUGCAGCGCGCUGCACUACGAGAGCCACUUCGGCAAGUGGAGCUUUUCAGGGAGGAAGGGCUUCAACGGGCCGGCGGCCGCGGAGGGGGACGGGGUUCCGGUCCAGACCAUCCGCACACAGCCGACUCCUCCUGCGUCCCUUCCAGAAGCCAAUCCAGCGCAGGAUCCUCUGGGAGCCACUCAGUCCAUGGACCUCCCCCCGCCGUCGUCAGGGGACCCCCCCACUCCCAGAGAGGAGUCCACAGAGCUGCCUUUACUUGAUCACCUGCGCUGAGUCUCCCCCGGUGACGAGUUGUUCAGUGAAAGCACACACCGGACCCGGACCUGGCCCGCUCCAGCCGGUCUCAUUCCAGCCUCAUUCCAUCAACUCUCAUCAGAAGGAACCAUUAAUUGUAAAUUGUCUGAUGGCGUCCGGCAACACUGGCUGGAUCUGGGCUCGGACCCGUCACCUCUCUCUCACAGCCAAACGGACCCGACGUGUGCUCGCACGCUGCGGUGCUGCACAGCGGCCCGUGAAAUGGUUCCAGCCAACCCGUUUAUUCCAAAGUCAGGUUUCAUCACCAGGGUCGGUGAUAUAAACACUCUAAACUUUGUUCUCUUUUCCUUUCUCCUCCUGACGAAGGCAGUCCGAGUCUCUGUGGACGGCCCUCCUGGCCGUUACCGUGGCGACGGCCCGUAAAAGGCCCCGGUGCAAUUAUAAGGGAUGUUUUGCUGAGGAUUGUUUUUUUUCUUUCUACUGGAUCAGGGAGGAUGGUCUCCGACUGCCUUUCACUUGAAAUCUGCAGCCGCAGUGUUUUUCCUUCGCAGCACCAAUCAAAACAAAAACACAACAGAAGCAGCGGUGUGUUCCUGUACGAGCAGGCGAGGGAGGUGGAAACCGAGAGAAGCCUUGUUUUGUUUCCCUGACUCGCACCGUUUUCACCGGACCUGGACCUGGACCUGGACCUGGACCUUCACCGCCGCCUCACGUUCCCUCCAUCGCACACAAACGCUCCCCGUCUGGCUCAGAGCCGCCCGGCGAUCAUCCUCGCGGUUCUGGCACGGAGCAGGUUUCAGGGAACAGAAACCCCCCUCACUCGAACCGACUCGUGGUGCUUCAACCGCUCGUUUACAGCGUACUUAGAGCCGCGUUGAGACCCGGCGCCGACUAGGAAGGUGGAACGAGGCCGGAUCCACCAACGAGGAGCCAGACGCCGAUUCCAACCUGGAAAAAGUUGUGUUGAUCACAAACCUCCGAACCCGGGAGCCUUGGAGGAGCGACGCCUUCUGCUCGGUGGUUGGAAUGUCUUUCUUUUUUUAUUUUUACUUGAAGAAUCUCGAGUCGCUCGGUGUUUUAAGAUGCACUGAGUUUGUUUUCCUUGGAUUGGCGAUUGAUAACACCCUCCCCGUUCAGAUCCAGUUAGCUGGCGCUCGCUCGGCUGCCUCGGGUGGGGAGCUGCGUUUUCCUGCCCCCCCCCCUUUACUAUACUACUGCUUCUGCAUCCCCUGCUACUACUACUAUACCUACUACUGCUGUCUCCACAACCGUUGGCUCCAGCGUUUUAGUUGGAAACAAACAAAGCUGAGUAAAUACUGAGAGCAAAGGUGGAAUAUUUAUUUGGUUGAUAUUGUCUUACAGAUAUCUGUAACGGGGUUCGUCUGUAUGGUGUGCUGAUAUGUUGAAGUGGAAAUCUGCCUUCUGUCAACUGUACCCCCCCCCAACCCCCUCCCCUGUUUUUUUUCAUCACAUUUGUAUUCUCUCCAGCGGCUGUCGUAUUUUCUUUAAGCUUGUGAUGUAACUGGAAGUGUUCCCGAGACGUCACUUUAAGUUGCUUUUCACCCACUUUAAGUUGCACUCUGACCACUGUGAGGAGCAGAUCCUAACGGUUUCCGGGGGUUUUAUCCCAACAUGAAACAAAGAAAAAAGAAAAAGCAUCAACCUCACCACGAUCUCUGCCUCAAAUGUUUUUUUUCACGUUCUCACGGCUUUGCCCCCCACGUGUCAUAACGAUAAUCAUCAGAGGCGAUUCACCAAGUGACUCCUCCGAAGACUUUUUUUUUUUUUUUCUUUUUCAAAGGGAGAAAACUGAAAAAGGGGCAUAAAAUAAAAAGACAAGUGUCACAGUUUUAUUGCAGGUUGAAUAUUUGGUCACAUUGGUGUAAUAAAAGUUGACCCCCCCUCUUUUUUGAACAUUUUCUGCAUGCUGUUAAAACCACAUCCUUGUGAAAUCACACUGCUGCAGUCGACCCCACAUUAAAAUCCUCACAUAUAAGCAAAACUAAAGAAACUUGACGCCGGCGGCGUUUCCAUCGGUCAACUGUGAAGAAGCUCCAAAAGGUGAAAAGUGUGUCGGCAUCCCUCAACUCUCCCAACUCAGGAAAAACAGAGACUUAUUGAUCAGCUCUUUUUUCUGUUUUUCCUUUUGCUCUAUUCUUUUUUUUCCCAAAACAACGGGGAGUUUUAACAGCCUUCCCCUCCUUCUUCUUUCUUUUGCUGAGUCGGGAAAGCACAAGCUUACAGACAGACCCGGGGGUCAACAAAGGGAUUUUUCAAUCUCUAAAACUAUGUACAGCAUGUUUGCUAUAUAAAUAUAUAUUUAAGAUAUAAAUAUAUUUUAUUAUUGGAUUUUUUUUUCUUUCUUUUCCAUCAAAGACACUAUGCUGUGGUUGAGGGAAGGGGUCCUGGAUUUACCCGUGGAAGGGGAAAGUUGAGUGGAGGCAUUCUUCACGCCGAACCGUGCAGUUUGGGAAGAAUCCAUUAAUACUUCUUUUGCACAAGUUAUAUCAUACACCAUCCUACUUUAUUGUCAUAAUUUUUUUAAGUGUUUUGGGGGAGGGAGGUUUAUUUAAGUCUAUGUUCUGUACAGUUUUUUAUGUAUUUUUUUUAUUUUUAUUUUUUUUCUCCCCCCCAUCCUAUUUAAAUUAAAAGUUUU